CUAUCAAAGAAAAAGAGAAAUUCCCAAAUACUGGGGCUAAUGUGAAUAAUUAAUUCAGAAAUGAUAAAAUAUGAAUAGCAAAACCGAAAAAUUUAAUAGUAAUAAAGUAUAAAAAAAUAAGGGGACAUGUUUGACAGUGCACAAUAUUGAUGAUAUUAUAUUGUCCCUUAUGCCUUUGUCCUUAUUGUUUACUGUUCAUUAUUGAUAGCAAAAUUUCUCAACUUUCUCUUAUUUUUUUUUAUUACAACCCACUCACAAUUUUUGGAGUAAUUUAUUUGUAUAAAUUCUCACUCCCUCACUACCCCCACACUAUUAGGCAUUAGCUCACCUCCCCCUAGCACAAGGAACCAUCCCAUUUCUGAUUCUCUUUAAGGCUGCUGUUAUUACCCUGCCAUUCUUUUUUCUCUGAUUUUCUUUGUCUUCAUUUCUUCACCAAAAUUAUCAUUUUUGUGGGGAUUAUAAUUAAGCAAAAAUAGAAAAAAGAAAAAAGUACAAAAAUGUAUGCAGAUAAUGGCCUAUUCUAUUCAUAUUUCCAGAAUUUUUCUCAAGAAGUUCAUCCAUUAGAGCUAGAGGAGCUUUGUUCUUACUCUCAGGAACCCACUUCAUCCUUGGACAGCAUCAUCACCACCUCUACCAUCUCGGACUAUGACUUGGGAGGUGAAGGGGAUCUCUUCAAAGCACCAGAGCCCAUUAUCGAAGAACCCAUUGGGAGUGUCAUCGAUCCCUUGCAAGCCGCAAUUUCGAUGAUGUCGUGUGUAGAUAACGUCAUACCAACUUCGGGCCUCAAAGUUGGUGACAUGGAAUUACUGCAAAAUGAGCACCUCUUAUGCGACGUUUUUGACGGAUGCCAGCAUGAAUUGUUAGAGAAAACAUCUGUCGGGACAGCUUUCUCUGAUGCUGUAGACAUCAAAUUUCCUCUCAUGGUGACGAGUGAGCUUCAGACAGAAGAAAACAAACCAUUUCCUGAUUUUCCGAUUUCAAAAAGUGAUAGCUCGGGCUCCUUAAGCGCGAUGGAAUGGGUAAGUAGUGCCACAGUGAGGCCGAAUUUCUUAGAUUUUCCUGAAAUGGAUUUUGGAGCUGCUUAUGGGAUGAGGAGGGCGUUCAGUGAAGGAGACAUCAAGACUCUCGUUAAUGGUAAUAGAAGCCUGAUCCAUUCUCCUCUCCAGCAGCCACCACUGAUUGGCAAUUGCCCUUCUGAAGAACGCAUGCAGCAGCUUUCCAGAUACAGAAUCAAGAAAUCAAGGAGGAACUUUGGACGGAAAAUCAAGUAUGCAUGCAGGAAGGCACUAGCCGACAGUCAGCCAAGGAUCCGUGGAAGAUUUGCAAAGACCGAAGACGCUGAUAGUUGCAAGAAGCAAUAAGUAAAUCUAUAACCGAUCCUACAAGCAAAACGACGAAGAGCAUAGAUAAACUUUUGGAAGUAGUGUGUCGUACAUGACGCCCUCAUAUAUCAGGUUUUCCUGAAUAUAUACUGUAGCCUAAUUAGUGUGAUGUGGCUGCUAAUCUCUAAAGAUAAAAGAAAUAAUAGGUAAUCUCUUAUUUGUUUGUAAUGAAUUCCUUUCUAGGUUUAGUAUAAUUAGUUGCUCUUCAUAGAACUGUACAUAGAGUGAAAUAAGGUUUACGAUGCUACUACCGUGGUACUGUCAACAUGUACGCAAUGAAAUAAAACGUGUGGGCCGGUUCUUUUUCAUUGAUGUUGCGUGUUGGUUGGUUCUAUUCAAGCAAGCAGUUGACGCCCGAAAGGCUGAAACGUAUAUUUGUGAUUAUGUGAUCAUUUGCUCACCAUGUUGACAUGUAUUGGAAUGGUUUAUCCCACAUCAAUAAAUUAAAGAUAGUGUGCACGCUUUAUAAGUCGU